AUGCUCUCACGUGUUGCUGCAGUGAAGGCACCCCGCACACACAACCGUCGCCGCGUGACCGGAUCCAGCGGAAGGAGGAGGGAAGGAAGAGAGAGUGAGCGGCAGAGGCCCAACAUGUCCCGGCGUUUGUUUACUUCCGCGGUGCUGCUCCUUCUCUUCGUGAUGAUGUGCUGCGGCAGUGGUGAGGCUGCGCAAGCUGCUGGACCAUCGUCAGGUCAGGAAUCUUCACCGAGUCCAUCUUUUGCUUGGAGAGAUAAGAAAGAAGGAGAAACAGUGGAUUCGCUCCAUGUUCCAGUUCUUGUUGAGAUGGAUGGUGGUGUGUUUGCCGUUGCCGAGGCGCAGUUGAAGGAGGGAGGAAGCAAUUUUACUGGGAUUGCCUCGGAGCUCCUGGAGUGGACCGAUAAAGAAUCAAGAGAAUUGGAUACAACUAAACUGAAGACACAAGUACUGGAGGAAUGUCCUGCCGGAAAUAAGGGUUGUGCUUCCCAAACAGGAGAUCAGAAGGCUUCCCAAAGCCGGACAAAAGUACGUGUCAGCCGGCCAACAACAGUCGUGCGGGGAAGUGAUAUUUACAUUUUCGCUGGAACCUACAGUUUUGAGGUUACUGAUAAGGCAGCUGGUAACACGGCUGCAGCAGCUAAAUGGGGACUUUUGGUGGCUGUGGGAAACGUCAGUAAUGAUGGGAGCAGCGAUAAAAAAAAAAUUUAUUGGAACGACGCUUCCGUUAUCCCGUGGACUGAUUCUGAAAAACGACACGAAUCCUUGACACGGCUGAUUGGCAGUGGUGGAUCGGGUGUUAAGAUGAAGGACGGUACGAUUGUGUUUCCCGUGGAAGGCACGAAGAAUAAUGGGAAGACCGUUUCGCUGAUCCUAUACCCCUCAGACACUGCGAGUGGGAAGCUGUCGAAGGGGAUGUCUGCCGAUGGCUGCAGUGAUCCCUCCGUCGUGGAGCGGAAGGACGGAAAACUCAUGAUGAUGACUGCGUGUGAUGAUGGCCGCCGCAGGGUGUACGAGUCCGGUGACAAGGGGGAUUCGUGGACGGAGGCACUCGGGACACUCUCGCGCGUGUGGGGCAGCAAACACAAGGGAAAUGUGAAGGGAGUUAGAAGCGGUUUCAUCACAGCGAGUCUUGACAGUGUCGAUGAUAAGAGGAAUGUGAUUCUCGUUACUCUGCCGGUACAUUCCGAGAAUGGAGAAAAAGGCGUACUCCAUCUUUGGCUGACGGACAAUACGCACAUUGUUGAUAUUGGGCCGGUAUCCGGGGAAGCUGUGGACGUUGCCGCCAGCUCCCUGCUGUACAAAAGUGCUGGAAGUGGAAAUAAUGGGAAGGAGGAGUUGAUUGCACUGUACGAGAAGAAGAAAGGCGGUGGGGAAUCAUCACUCGGUAUGGUCUCAGUGCGUCUGACUGCGCAGCUUCAGCGGGUGAAGGAGGUGCUGGCGACGUGGAGGGAAGUGGACGAACGUGUCUCCAAGCUGUGCCCCUCUAAAAGUCCUGCGAAGAAUCCCUCAACUGGCAAUGCGUGCAGCGCUGUUAAGAUCACGGAUGGGCUGGUUGGCUUUUUGUCCGGCAAUUUCUCUGAUACCACAUGGAGAGACGAGUACCUCGGGGUGGACGCCACAGUAAAGAAAGGAACGAAUGGGGUGGCAACAGGGGCUGCAAAGGCGGAUAACGGCGUGAAGUUCCAGGGAGCGUGGGCGGAGUGGCCUGUUGGCAGUCAGGGGGAGAAUCAGCUGUACCACUUUGCGAACCACAACUUCACUCUUGUGGCGACGGUGUCCGUCCACGGUGAGCCGAAGGGAGAUACCCCCAUUGCAUUAAUGGGUGCGACGAUGAAUGACGGUAAGAAUACUGUGCUCCUGGGACUGUCGUACGACAAAGAGGGGAAGUGGCAGGUGCUGUGCGGUGGCAAAACGACCAAGGAACUCCGCAGUAAUUGGGAGCCAGAGACAACACACCAAGUGGCCAUUGUGCUACGGAACGGCAGCCAGGGCUCCGCGUACGUCGAUGGUCAGCGUGUGGGAGAUGCGUCAUGUGAAUUGAAAAACACGGAUUCGAAAGGAAUCUCACACUUCCACAUUGGAGGGGAUGGAGGCAGCGCAGGGAGCAAAGAAGACGUGCCUGUGACCGCGACGAAUGUCCUGCUGUACAACCGCCCGUUGGAUGACAAUGAGAUCCGCGUCCUCAACGCAAACAAAAUUUCUAUUCCAAAGCUGACAGGCCUGAAAACAUUGGCGGCAGGAGCAACGGGUGUCGGUACCGCUCGUGACGGCGGGGCACAUGGUGAUAGGAGCACUGUUUGCGGAGGCGGACUGCUGCCGCUGCUCCUUCUGCUUGGAUUGUGGGGAAUUGCCGCUUCUUGA